AUGGGAUUUGGCGCCUUGCUGGAUCUCAAAAUAAAAAAUAUUCCAAUAGCCUUGUGUAAUUUUCUGGCAAGCAAUUUCCAGACCGGUGCAAGACAAGUCCCAUUGAAUGGGAACAAUGUACUGGAUAUCAAAUGGGAAGAUGUUGUUGCUGUACUUGAUCUUCCUCGUGGACCCAAACCAGUGGAAGAAUUCAAACAGAAUGAUCCCGCUAUAACGGACCACGCUGAGAUGGUGGAUGCGUUCAAGAAAAGAAUGGGAUACAGUAAUAAAUUCCUGCCAACGAGAUCCACCGCGGCACAAUUAAUUACUGGUCGAAAAGAUUUUGGUGAUGACUUCAAACGAGAUUCCCUCGUCUUCGUUGUGAGCACAUUCCUACAUGGAAACACCACUUCCAGGAUCACAAUGAAAAUCCUGAAGUCCCUCGUGAACAUCAAUGAAGUGACACAAUACAAUUGGUGUCAAUAUGUGAUUGAUGCACUGGUGAAAGGAUGCAAAAGUCACCACGAUGGGAAACCAUUCACUUUUUUCCUGGACCUUGCUGCUCUUUAUGAAAAAUUCUAUCAAUUGAUUAUCACGAUGAGCAAAACUGUUUUAGACAUUCGCGAGAAGAAAAUGGAGUUAAAAAUUGAACCGGAUGAACAAGCAAAGCAAACAAUCAAGAUCCUAACAGAUGCAAUGGUGUCGAUGAGUAGAAAGAUGCCUCCGCCUUCAGAACAGCUGCAACGACAAGUAGCUGAGGGAAGGAAGAACCAACAAGAACAACAACAACACCAACAAACUGAUGACAACACUGUACAAGCUCCAAUUAAUCCCGCAAAUUUUCAAGACAUUGAAAUUGACAAAGCACAGGGACUGGAGCAAUUGAGCCAGACAAAUGAUGAGGCUUCUCUUGCGGUGGGGAAAUCUCUACCUACUUCAAAAGAAGUGGUGGUUGAUGAACAACAAACUCAACUCAAGGGGCACAGGGACUGGAUCAAUUAA